AUGGCAGAAGAAAUUGAACCACACAUAGCUAGAAAAUUUGAAAUAAUUUAGAAAUUAGGAAAAGGUGCAUAUGGAAUAGUGUGGAAAGCAGUUGAUAAGAAAUUGAAAACUGUAACAACUAUAUUUUUAAAUUCUAAAAGGUUGUUGCAUUGAAAAAAGUGUUUGAUGCUUUCCAUAAUGCUACAGAUGCACAAAGAACUUUUAGAGAGAUUAUGUUUUUAUAAGAGUUAAAUGGUCAUGAGAACAUAGUUAGGUUGUUGAAUAUUAUCAAAGCAGAAAACAAUAAGGAUAUAUAUUUAGUUUUCGAUUACAUGGAAACAGAUUUACAUGCAGUCAUUGUAUAAUAAAAAUUGUAUAAUUAGCGUGCUGGUAUUCUUGAAGAAGUACAUAAGAAAUUCAUUAUAUAUUAAAUUUUGAAAUCUCUUAAAUACAUACAUUCAGGAGAAUUGAUUCAUCGAGAUCUUAAACCAUCAAAUAUAUUAUUAAAUUCGGAAUGUCAUAUGAAACUAGCAGAUUUCGGAUUAGCUAGAAGUAUAGCAAUAAAUGAAGAGGAUUGCAGUACAUCUAUAAAUAUUAAACAAUAGCUCCACCUAUUCUCACAGAAUAUGUGGCCACUAGAUGGUAUAGAGCACCAGAAAUUCUUCUUGGAUCCACUAAUUAUACUAAGGCUGUUGAUAUGUGGAGUAUAGGAUGCAUACUUGGAGAAUUAGUAAUUGGUAAGGCAAUAUUUCCAGGAACUUCAACUGCAAAUUAAAUUGAACGAAUUUUAGAAUUAAAUGGUAAGCCUACCGAUCAAGAUGUUGAAUCAUUAGAAUCACCUCUUGCUGCUCAUAUAUUAUCUUCUGUUACUGUAACAAAAAAGAAAUCGUUUUAAUAAUUCUUUCAAGGUGCUAGUGAUGAUUGUUUAGAUUUGUUAAGAAGGUAAUUUUUCUAUUAAAUUUAGAUUAUUGGUUUUUAAUCCAAAAAUGAGAUUAACUGUUGAUUAAGCAAUUAGACAUAAGUAUGUCAAAGAAUUUUCAUCUCCUGAAGAAGAAAUUGUGUGUCAAGAACCAAUUAAAAUACCAAUGAAUGAUAAUAAAAAAUUUUCAAUUAAAGAAUAUAGAGAAGCUUUAUAUAAUGAUAUAAAUAGAAGAAAGAAAGAAUAAAGAAAGAAGUGGCAAGCGAAGUAUUUAUAAUAAUUAGGAAUGAAUCCAGAUGAACUUAUUGAUGGAAAUUAAUAUAUUAAUUAAUCUGACCAACAAUAAUAAUCAGGUUCUAUAUUUUAAAAAUAAACUAAAAUGGAAAAUCAUAAUAGUUCUUAGGUAGUUUAAAAAUCAAAUAUUGAAGAAAUAUAAUAAAUUAUCAGAUAACAACAAAUAUAAUCUUAGCAAUUAAAGAAAUCAUAAAGUUAGGCUACAGUUUAACCUGCUCAAAAAUUGACUAGCCAAAAAAGUGCAUCCAAUAUUGUGGCAUAAAUUUAUAAUAAUUUCUAAGGUUAAGAUACAAAGUUUCAUUAACAGUAAUAGUUUUUGCAACAAUAAUUAUAACAACUCCAGCAGAAAUCCCUAAAAAAAAAGACAUGA